AUGGCAACUUCCACCGCCAAACGAAGACCCAUCAAAGGAAUCCUGAAAAAGAAAAGCAACCCUGGGAGUCCUGUCUUGUCAACUCUGGGAGUGGGUGCCGGUUCUAUGUGUGAUGAGGAGUUCAGUAAGAAAUCCCAGAAGUGGGAAGAAACGGACAUCUUAGCAACUUACCACCCACAAGAUAAGAACUACGAACUCAUGAACAUCGAAGAGCAAGACCCACCCAACCAUACCGAACUGGAAGACUCUGAAGAAGAAGACGACUACGAAGACAUCAGGUACUCGAGGAUCCCACAUACCAUCACCCCAGAGCUGCUGAGCCAGAGGCUAGAAAACGACCAGGACAUAGAGUGUAUGAUUCUGUUGCGAGAGAGUGAGAGCAGUGAGGAUGAGGAAGAUCAUAAGAGGCGGUUUGAGCUCAAAAGAAAACUCCAUUACAGAGAGGGGCUGAACAUCAAGUUUGCUCAACAGCUGGCCAUGAAAGAAGACGAUUCGCAAGACCAGGAGAUGAUGGAUGUUUCUGAGGUUGAUGAUAACUUAAUGGAAGCGUGGCAUUCCAAAGUGCCUAAUGAGAGCAUCCAGGACUCUGAAAUGAAUUCUGAUCUGUGA